AGACCAGAAAAUAUGCUGACUGACGCUGACGUCAUAACUGAUUGCCGGAAGUCCUACUGUAUUGGCAGUGAAAGAUGGCCGGGUUACUAAAGAAGACCACCGGCCUUGUUGGCCUCGCUGUCUCCCAGAAUCCUCAUGAGCGUCUACGAAUUCUUUAUGCAAAGAUCUUGGCAUCACUACAGACCAUGCCACAGGACGCCGCAUACAGGAAGUACACAGAGCAGCUGGUUAACGAGCGCUUAGACCAUGUGAAAACGGAGCCAGAUGUCGUGAAGCUAGAGAAGAAAAUAAACGGUGGACAGAUUGAAGAAGUCAUCUUCCAGGCGGAGUGUGAGCUGAGUCUGUCCAGGAAGAUGGCUGACUGGAAACCAUGGGAGCCACUGGUGGAGGAGGCUCCACCCAACCAGUGGAAGUGGCCCAUCUGAAAUGAGUUGUGUUGCUGUGUGUGUGAGUUCUGCUUCUAAUAAAGAAAACUCUAGAAGAAA